UCCCUCUAUCUCUCAGUCCUACAGUGAAACUUAAAAGCUGUUAGAGUCAAACAAUUUUGUCUGCAAAAGUUCUCUCUCUAUCUCUCCCUCUCUGUUAAUAGCAGAUUCUCCAAACCACUGGUUCUCUCUAACCAUUAUCUAAAAGAUGAAACGCAUAGACAUCUUCUGUGCUUCUCAAGCCUCAACAGCCAUAUGUCUGAGCAUGGAUCAAGCCUCAUGCUCCUCUUCCAACACCAUUCUACUCGGAGGCCGAACCAUUGAUCGCCACAAUCCCAUUAUCAAUGACUCAAGAAGGAGCACUUCCAAAUCCCUCACUGCCCCAUGUUCCUCUUCUCAGUCCCCCAUCAACCCCAAGCCUUACCAUGAGCUCCACAAGGCCAAGAAAAACUCUUCUUCAAAAAAUGCAACAAAGGGUCAUGAUAAUCAGAAGAAGAGAAGUACAGCAGAAAAACUCACUGAACAUGUCACCAACACUUCUAAACCAAUUGAUGACAUUGUUCCUAGGAGUUGGCUUAAGCCACCUGCUGAUUUAAUCACUCCUCCUGGUUCAACUAGAUCUUUGCUCAGUGACACUGCCUUAUUGGAUGGUUCAUCAGAUUAUGAUCCAGUUUUGGCUUUAACUACUAUGAUUAACAACAAAACUUCUCAAGCUGUUCAUCAAGAUGAAGCCAAUCCUGUUUCCAAACUUUCUAGCUCUUCUCAUCCAAAAUCUGGUUCCUCAGACCAGGUUGUAGUAUUGAGGGUAUCUUUGCAUUGCAAAGGCUGUGAAGGGAAGGUUAGGAAACACCUCUCCAGAAUGCAAGGAGUUACUUCUUUCAACAUAGAUUUUGCGUCGAAGAAGGUGACAGUGGUUGGGGAUGUGACUCCAUUGAGUGUCUUGGCUAGCAUAUCAAAGGUGAAAAAUGCACAGUUAUGGCCAGCAUCUGCCUCAGCAGUGGAAUCUGGUACGGUUGAAACAGAGAAGAAAUAUAUCUAAUUAAGAGGAAGGUAGAACAUUGAUUUUGAUGAAUGCUUGAGCGUGAAUCCGAUGGUAAUUUUAUUAUUGUAAAUGCAAAUGUUAGCAAGAAUAGCUGUGCCUUGACAAGUAGUAAAAAGUAGAUUGAAUUUUGCAGAAAAAUAAUCAAAUUUGCAUUUUUUUAGUAUAAAUUUAACAAUCUUCAAAUUUUGAGUUAGAAAUUUAUUAGUAUAAUAUAUAAAAUCUGAGAUGAGUCAUGAA